UGAGCAUAAAAAGGCAUAAUGGAUAUUCAACGAAAUUAUUUGUUUACAAAUUAACUCAAGCUAAUUCUGUUUAUCUUCGAUUAAUUUUCUUCGGUUUAUUAGACCAAACAACUAAUUAAUAUUUACUAAUUACCGAUUUAGUGUCCUCAAGAAAUUCAAAAGAAAUCAUAUUGGCAUGAAAUACACCAAAGAUACUGUUAUGUUCUCUUCAUCUUCCCUCAAGCUUAUGGAUUCCUGUUUUUAGAUUGAGUUAACCACAACCUUUAAAGAACUGUAUUUCAACAAUUUUGACUCCAUCUCAAGACACAUUUCAAGUUCAUUUUGUCAGCUGUUCUUUUCAUCAAAUUUAAUUGUUACUCUUUUCUCUUCUUCAUCCAACAUCCACUCAUUCAGUGAUGGCAGGAAAGAAAAUCUUCUUUGAUAAUUUUGUGUCUAAAAACGCUUUAACUUUACCACGAAAAGGUCGAGAUCCUAUUCUUGGUGAUCUAUACACUAACGCAAGAAAACUUACUCUUAAAAGGAUUGUGAAAGUUCAAGCAACAUUUGAUCCCUUCUACCCUAAUAUUGCUUCUUUUAGAGAGUUGCUUCAUUUUUUACACGGGAAAAAAAUUGGUAGAACCAACGAGGAAUGUUUCAUCAAAACAAAUGUUGUUAGUAAUGGAAAUGAACCUGAAAUACAAUUUUUCUUAAAAAACGGUAAAAAAUUGAUCUACAAAACAGGAUUACUGCGAACGAUCGAUAUUUUGUAUCAUCUUAAUGAUCAAUUGGCCAAAGUAGAAGCUGAACUUGCUAAAUCUGAAAUUUAAAGUUUUGAAUUCGUGAAAUUAGUCGUAUUAUAGUUGAGAUGGCUGGUAGAUCAUAUCAAGCUGUGCUGGAAAUUUUUCGUAAACUCGAAGCCAAUAUGCCUUAU